UCCGGUGCUGGGGGUGCGGUUCCGGGUCGUGGCGCGGCUUGGGGCAACGGGGCUGCUGCUCGGCCGGCCGGCGGCGGGGAGCGACGGGGAUAUGAGGGCAAGCCCGGAAAGCGGCUGCUGAGCCGGCCGGGAGGCGCGCCAGUCCCCGAGGAUUCUGAGAGUGUGGAGCUUGGGCAAGGGCCAGGAGGAGCGGGGAAUCCGGGCCCUCCCCUCAGGAACGUGUCCUGGGGCCGACCUGGCCCAUAGUGUGGCAGCAGCUUCAGGUGUGUCCGUGGACAAGUUGGAGAGGCACUAUACUGUACCAGUCUCCCUUUGAUUGGGUCUUGGCAGAUGGUAGGUGAGCCCGUGAAACAAUAUGAAGAGGAGAAAAUAGCCUUUUAAGGAAAUUGGCCCACAGAAAGGAUGGCCUUCUUGGACAAUCCAACUAUCAUUCUAGCUCAUAUUCGACAGUCACAUGUGACCAGUGAUGACACAGGAAUGUGUGAGAUGGUUCUCAUUGAUCAUGAUGUUGACCUAGAGAAGAUUCAUCCUUCAAUGCCUGGAGACAGUGGGUCAGAAAUUCAGGGAAGCAAUGGUGAGACUCAGGGCUAUGUAUAUGCCCAGUCAGUCGAUAUUACCUCAAGUUGGGACUUUGGUAUUAGAAGACGCUCAAAUACAGCUCAAAGAUUAGAACGACUCCGAAAAGAAAGACAAAACCAGAUCAAAUGCAAAAAUAUUCAGUGGAAAGAAAGAAAUUCUAAGCAAUCAGCCCAGGAGUUAAAGUCACUGUUUGAAAAAAAGUCACUCAAAGAGAAACCUCCAAAUUCUGGAAAGCAGUCAAUAUUAUCUGUACGCCUGGAGCAGUGCCCUCUGCAGCUGAAUAACCCCUUUAAUGAGUAUUCCAAAUUUGAUGGCAAGGGUCAUGUAGGCACAACAGCAACCAAGAAGAUCGAUGUCUACCUCCCCCUGCACUCAAGCCAGGACAGACUGCUGCCAAUGACGGUGGUGACAAUGGCCAGCGCCAGGGUGCAGGAUCUGAUUGGGCUCAUCUGUUGGCAGUACACAAGCGAAGGACGGGAGCCGAAGCUCAAUGAUAAUGUCAGUGCCUACUGCCUACAUAUUGCUGAGGAUGACGGGGAGGUUGACACAGAUUUCCCCCCACUGGAUUCCAACGAGCCCAUUCAUAAGUUUGGCUUCAGUACGUUGGCCCUAGUUGAAAAGUAUUCAUCUCCUGGUCUGACAUCCAAAGAGUCACUCUUCGUUCGGAUAAAUGCUGCUCAUGGAUUUUCCCUUAUUCAGGUGGACAACACAAAGGUCACCAUGAAAGAAAUCUUGCUAAAGGCAGUGAAGCGAAGAAAAGGAUCGCAGAAAAUUUCAGGCCCUCAGUACCGCCUGGAGAAGCAGAGCGAGCCCAAUGUCGCCGUGGACCUGGAGAGCACUUUGGAGAGCCAGAGCGCAUGGGAGUUCUGCCUGGUCCGCGAGAACAGUUCAAGGGCAGACGGGGUUUUUGAGGAGGAUUCGCAAAUUGACAUAGCUACAGUACAGGAUAUGCUUAGCAGCCACCAUUACAAGUCAUUCAAAGUCAGCAUGAUCCACAGACUGCGAUUCACAACCGAUGUCCAGUUAGGUAUCUCUGGAGACAAAGUAGAGAUAGACCCUGUUACGAAUCAGAAAGCCAGCACUAAGUUUUGGAUUAAGCAGAAACCCAUCUCAAUCGAUUCUGACCUGCUCUGUGCCUGUGACCUUGCUGAAGAAAAAAGCCCCAGUCACGCAAUAUUUAAACUCACGUAUCUAAGCAAUCACGACUAUAAACACCUCUACUUUGAAUCUGACGCUGCUACCGUCAAUGAAAUCGUGCUCAAGGUUAACUACAUCCUGGAAUCACGAGCAAGCACUGCCCGGGCUGACUAUCUUGCUCAAAAACAAAGAAAACUGAACAGACGUACAAGCUUCAGCUUCCAGAAGGAAAAGAAAUCAGGGCAACAAUGAGACCGGCCUCCAGCUUCAGUCUGUUGCCGUAGCUCAGAGCCUGCCUGCCGGGGCCGGGUGGCCCUAGAGCCUGCCUGUGUCCUGCAGUCCUCGGGGGAGGCCAGCCCCUGGCUCACGGGGACAGGGCUGGUGGGCUCUUGGGUAAGGGGGGCACCCCUAGGACGGAGCUGGGACAUUUCCACAGGACCGAAGCCUGAGUGGUAACGGCUGUGAUCAGCAGUGCCCGGGGCCAGAUGACGCCGAGAGGAGCCACGUGCUGCCCAGCCACCUUCACUGCCUGAUGGCCCUGCCCGAGGAUGUACAUAGCCAUGCCCAGACAUCUCCUUGCAACUUGAUCAAAUUUCUUAAAACAAACGGAGAACAAAAAUGUACAUUUCUUUUUUUUUCCUUCCUUUUAAUAAACUCUUUAUCGUGGUUGGUA